CCCUCCCCCUCCACCCUCCUCCCCACCCACUUCUCUCCCUCACAGCCACAUCUGAGGACGUGCUUCAUUCACUCCAGCUGCACAGGUUGUAAAGGAAGGGGAGGAAGAGGGAUAACAGCAGAGGUAGAGGAGAAACUGCUGGAGAGGGAAAGAGGACAGGAGGUGAAAAAAGAGAGUGCUCAGUUUUUUUGUUUUUACUGAGAGAAGAAGGGAGUCAGAGGGUGUGAAGGAGUGAGAGAGGAGACAAGUGUUCAGGAGUGGGAGGUUCCUCCAGGGAGGUUAUAGUGAUCUUCGGCAGCGACCCCCUCCUCUCCACUGGGAGUCAGACCUCCAGGAUCCAGAGCCAUGGAGCCCUCUGUGUCAACCAAGGUCGAGGGGGAGCCCAAGGAGAGGAAGAAGAUCCAAUUUGCUGUGUCCAACGAGGUCGAGGGAGAGCCCAAGGAGAGGAAGAAGAUCCAAUUUGCUGUGUCCAACGAGGUUGAGGCAGAGCCCAAGGAGAGGAAGAAGAUCCAAUUUGCUGUGUCCACCGAGGUCGAGGGGGAGCCCAAGGAGAGGAGGAAGAUCCAAUUUGCUAUGCCGGCCUCUGUGGCCACCAACCUGGACCCUCGGCAAGUGGAGAUGAUCCGGCGCAGGAGGCCAACACCUGCCACGCUGUUCAGAGUAGCCGACCAAUCAUCUCCUGAGGAUGAUCAGUCCACCCAUCAGGUAAAGUGGGUCGUCGGAGAGAACGGAGUGCUUAAACCAAAACGUGUCAUCAAUCCAAACGUGUAUCAGCCUCCAUCACUCAGAGCUGUGCAGAAGAUGGCCGAAGCACAUAUGCAGCAUCUAGGUGUCUACCCCCCCUUGGAAGACCCUUGUGAAGGGGAGGAGGAGGAGGACUACUGGCAGAGAAAGGAGAGAGAGGACACGUCUCCCACCAAAGCUGCUGGUGAGAGGGAGGCUCUCUGUCAACUGGCUGGGAACACAACAGCAGCACACAGUGGCAGCGAGGACAACGCUGUUGUUGUUGUUGUUGUUUUAAGACAAAUACACCCUGAAGACUGCUUAAAACAGAAGCACUGGCAAUGGGCUUUCAUUUUCUAUGUCUGGUUUGGGUGUUUGUAUUUUUGUUACCUGCUUACGGAAAUUGAAAAUAAGAUAGAUGGUGUGAUUGAGGAAUUUCCAGCACAGCUACAAUCUGGUUUAAUGGGAGGGGGAAAAGACAUUUUAAAGGGGACAUAUCAUGAAAAAUUCCCUUUUUUAGUGCUUACGCUCAUACAUUUAGAUAACUGGAGUGCCUAUACCAACCCACAAACUGUGAAAUAAGACCACCCAGUCAGAUUUUGUGAGCUGCCUGGAUCAAAAAACAUGUGAUUCAACAAGCCAUUCAGAUUUGUCUCCCCUUCCUAUGUCAAAUGCAGGCUCAUUAGAAUAUAUCACCCACAGCUUGAGAUGUCUGCAUGUCCAACAGGGUCUGCUUAGGUCUGCAUGACGUAAAUGUUGUCAUCGGCCCAUGUCCACGGGGGUUCGCGUCAGACUUUAUGUGGACGGCCGUGUGCAGCCUAAAAUUUGUGACCGCGCGGACUGUACGCGAACGCUCCAAUUUAGUUCCACACUCCAGUCCAGUUGGUGGCGUAUGUACCUCUAGCUGGUUUGCAAAGAAGAAGAAGAAGAAGAUAACAAAGUGAAUGCUUGUUUUGAAGAGAGUUUGUUUAAAGAUCUGCUGUUUUCCACAUUUAUAUAAUUCAUCUUUAAAGGAAUACAAAGAUAGCCAAAUGGCGUUGAACUCCUGCCUUUAUGGUGCAUUAUUGUCAUCAACUGGAGUGGAGUGUGGAUCGGGAAACACCGCGGACGUUUGUGUGAAUGAUCCAGUUUUCCUUUAUGUUCAUCCUGGUGGUGUCUGCAAACAUUUCACAUAGUUUGAGAUUUGAGGACAAAUUUUUCUCCCAUCAUUGAUAAUCCUCCUGAAACAGUGAGAAAAACAUGUUAGAUAAAGUGUCACACCAAAACUUAAGGCCUCAAUAUGCAAAAUAUCUGACUUAUUGUUAUUUCACUGUGCCCAAGAUGAGUGUUUUCAUUGUUUUCAAGUAGAUGCAAUAGAUUACACUCUGCUUACUGGUUAUCACCUGAAAUCUCAACAAAUCUACCAGACUAGAAACUUUAUAAAACUUUAAACUCUAUAUUUUUGGUGUCUUUGUUACAGUAUGUGAGACAGCAACAAAGUUGGACACCAUCAAGUUUAUAUUUUACAAAGAUGGAAAAACAAAAUGAUGUGCAAGAUAACUGAAAAACAAAAGUAAAAUAGGCACUGGCAGGUAAAAGGGCAAGAAAUACAACUACCUUAAACUAUUCUGAAAUCAUUUGCUCCCAUAACAAAUGUAAUAUAAAUCCCUAUUUAUUCCUUCUUCUCAGAGGAAAAGUCUCCUGCAGGUUUCAGGGUAACGUUCGCUCGUCUGUGGGCCGACCAGCAGCACAGAUGAAGCUCUGUGCGUUGAGCGACAGCCCCAGUGUCAUAUUAGCUCUCUGUCUCGCGCCCCAAAUCUGUCAGAAGAAACACUGCAGCUGACUAAAGGCUGGUGACACAACACCUGACCACCAGUCAGAGAGGCCAGACAGGAUCAACAAGCACACAGAGAGCAGGCUGUCUGUGCCGAGUAUAAAAGAGUUUGAGUUAUGUGCAGCAGCAGAAUAUCUGUGCAAGUUUCAUCUCCAGGAAAAAACAGUACACAAAUCUCAAGUUGAAGUGAACUUUUUUUUUUGCAUAUACGCUCCCUUAUUAUUUUGUUUUAUGGAGCAAAAUUAUUGGUUUUUAAUCUCCAUUAUAUCACAUGAGAACGGUGGCAUUUCAUUCAGAGUUAUUGCUCUGUCAGCCCAGAUGACAGACUCUCUCAAUAAAUCCCUUUGUGGAUUCAGCCGGCUGAAACACAAAGUACUCAAACGGGAUGUUGAAAGAUCCUGAUUGGCUCCUUUGAUUACAGUUCAUCUGUUCUUUUGGUCGAGCGACACAGUUUGGGCUCGGCCUGCGUUAUCACAAACACAAGACAAAUCAAAGAAAACAAGUUACUUAAUCACGUAGCUGUUCGUCACUGUCAUCUUAUGAAAAGGUUUUCCAAGAAUAAGAAGCACAGUCUUCUCCUCAGUCUCAUCUAGUGGGUUUCUAAAUGUCUGAAGUGCAGCUUAGAAAGGAUCACAUAAACACAAAAUUCAUGUAAACUCACCAGAAAUGUUACUUUUUUUAAUUGAUUAUGCAUCAAUCUCUAUGCUUAUCAAUAACACUAAAUAAGCAGUUAUGAUAAAAAACAAAAGUCGUACAUAUAUAACACAACCUUUGUCUUCCUGUACAGAGAGAAAAACUGUCGAUUAGGGCUGCAACUAACUAACUAUUGAUUAUUUCCAUUACCAAUUAAUCUGCCAAUUAUUUUCUCGAAUAAUCAAUGAAAAAUGCAAAGAUAUUCAGUUUACUAUUAUAGAAGUCUAAUAAUGGGGACAUUUGGGCACUUUUGCUUUUAAAAAUUACUUAAACAAUUAAUACAUUUCAAAACAGUUGGCAAUUUUUGUUUUUGUUGAGCGACGAUUCAAUUAAUCAUCUAAUUGUUCCAGCUCCACUGUCAAUACUAGUGUCUUCCUGCCUACCAAUCAUCUCUUUCACCAGAAAUAAAGAGGACCUAUUAU